AUGGCGGCAGAGCCCCGGCGCCCGUGGGCCCAGGCGCGCAGCGCGUACGGUGCCAGCGAGGCGCUGCGGCGCGCGGUGGGCCGCCAGCCGGACCCCGGGCCGCAGCCCCACAGGCCGAGCCCCAACGAAGCCCGCGCCCCAGGCCGCCUGGCGCGCCUGCGGUGCCAGUUCCGGGCUGAGGUGGCGGCGCGGGCCAACGCGCCCCGACUGCCACGGCUGGUGGACCGCGCGGGGGCCACGGAGCCCGAGAAGGCGCGCAGCAGCGGCUCCGUGUGCUCCGGGUGCGGGGAGCCGCGCGGCGGGGCCACCUACCCGGCGGGCGUCCUGGAGGUGAGCGAGCGGCAGCUGCAGGAGGGCCUGGCAGCCGUGCGCGCCGAGUUGGGCGGCGCGGGGCUUGAGGCGCUGCGCGCGGAGCUCCGGGCCGAGCUGGACGCCCUGCGCGCGCUGCUGCCGCCUCCGCCGCCCGCCCCCCGCGAGCCCCGCGGCCUCCGCGGCCUGGCCCUGCUGCGGGCGCUGGGCACCGUGAACGCGCUGGCCACGAGCGCGAGACCCACCGACAACGCCUCGGACAGCCCGGCCCACGGCGGCGCUAGCCGGGCCCCGGCCCGGAAGAACCUCAAGAAGACGCCGCCGGGGACCCCACAGGGCAGCGGGGAUUAAGCACAGGGGGAGGGAGCCCGGGGCGAGGACCUGGCGCGCCGCCGCCGGCCGCGGGGCUUUGCUACCUGGGACCGGCCAGGUGGCUCCUGGAGCGGGGCUUGGAGCGAGAAGGGUCCUCCGACGCCGCUGGCUAGCGCUCUGGUAUCGGAAGGGGCUGGGAAGAACGGCUGGCUCCGCGCAGCUGGAGCCGGAGUCCCGGCGGGGUAAGGCUCGGGCCAGGGGUAUGUCCCCUUCCGGCAGUGAGCGCAGCGGGAGAGCCCAAGGUCUCCUCUGUCUGGGGGAGGUGGUUGCAAGUGUAUUUUCUUGAAGGGUCUCAAGGGAGGAGGUCGGACCUUCAUGCACUGGGGUGGAGAGUGUGACCCACACACCAAGUGACAGACACCGGGGACACGUGGGCUGCUGGGACACUGUCACCUGGACACAGGUUCACUCAGGACAGUGUCACUUGGAUGUAAGAGCACAUUCUACCGUGGGCCCUGGACAGCAGCCUAACUCUAGCCAGCUUCACUCCCCUGACAGUCGGGCCCACCCUCUACUGGACAGCGUUGCCUGGACAGAGCGCAUCUGGUCAGUGCCCCCUGGACUCUCAGCUUUGCUUUGACAGUGACACGAAAGCCACUUACCUUAAGUAGCGUCACGGCAGGCAGUCACCCGACAGCAGUGUCUCUCCAGUGUCAACCUACAUCAGACUCCACAGCCCAUCUUCCCAGAGUGUCGCCUGGGUCGGGUCUCACCUGUUACAGACAGCCCUUCACUCACUGUCCCUGUCACCAGGACCCACCACUCUGUGCUGCAGAGCUGGGAUCCAGCAGCUUCUCACCUCCUGGCCUCUGGGAAAUGGCAGCUGGAGGCAUCACUAAACCACACAGUGUCUGGGGUGGUCAGCCAGCUCGUUUGUAAAAUAAAAUAGUAAUUUUAGGCUUUAGCAGGUGGAGUUUCUCCUUCUAUCUCAUCGGGGGAUUCAGGCAUAACGUGUAGGAUGGGAGUGGGGGUGCCUUCUCCCCGAGAGGGAUCUGGGGAGGUCUGGGGUUCUGGAUGGGGUCUGGGACUGGCUGUGGUGGAGUCGGGAAGGGUGGCACAGGAGGCCUCCGUAGGAGCUGCGGUGCGCCCAGGCCGCCCCCCCUCCUCCCAGCCAUAGGAGGCCAAGGUCACUCUGUGAGUCGUUUAUUGCAGGAAGGUGGCCGUGUCUACAUCCUAGGGCCCCUGCCAGAGCCACAGGCUGAGCCCCAGGCCCAGGAGAGCCCCGUGCCUCGGGCCGGGGUGGGGGCUGCCGCGCGGACCGAGGCGCUGGGGGAAGCUACAACCCUGCGUACACAGAGAGGCUGCUGCGGCCGGAAGUUCUCCGUGAGAGGUGCGGGGCGGGAGCCGGGGGGCCUGGCCUGGGCCACGAUGCGGAACUGGGCCACCUGAGGGUGUGGGGCGGAGGCGGUCAAGGCGCGGCGCACGGGAGGGCGGGGCGGCUGGGGGGGUGGCGCGGG